AUGUUUAUCCUUUUUUCAUUUUCUCUUCUUUCUUCUUUCUUUUUUCUUUUCUUCAUUCUUUUUCAUUUUCUUCUUCUUCUUCAUUCCUUUUUUUUCAUUUUCUUUUUUUUCUUUCUUUUCUUCUUCUUCAUCCUCUUCCUUUCUUUUCAUUUUCCUUCUUCUUUCUUCAUUCUUUUUCAUUUUCCUCUUCUUCUUCUUCUUUCUUUCUUCAUCCUUUUUCAUCCUCCUUUUUUCAUUUUCAUCUUUCUUCUUCUCUUCAUUCUUCUUCUUCUUCAUCCCUUUUUCAUUUUCUUCUUCUUUUCUUUUCUCUUCAUCAUCCUUUUUCAUUUUCUCUUCUUCUUUUCUUCUUCUUCUUUCAUUUUCUUCUUCUUCAUUUUCUUCUUCAUCAUCCUUUUUCAUUUUUUUCCUCUUUUCUUCUUCAUCUUCUUCUUCUCUUUUCAUCCUCCUUUUUUUCUUUUUCUUUUUCUUCCUUCUUCUUUCUUCUUCUUCUUCUUCUCUUCAUCCUCCUUUUUCAUUUUUUUCUUCAUCUUUUCCUCUUCUUCUUCUUCUUCUUCUUCUCUUCAUCCUCCUUUUUCAUUUUCCUCCUUUUUCUUCUUUUCAUUUUUUAAUUUUUCUUCUCUUCAUUCUUCUUUCAUUUCUUUCUUCUUUUCUUCUUCUUCUUCUUUCUUUCUCCUUUUUCAUUUUCCUUUUCUUUCAUCUUCUUCUUCUUCUUCUUCUUCUUUUCUUCAUCCUCCUUUUUCAUUUUCCUCUUUCUUCUUCUUCUUCUUUUUCAUUUUUCUUCUUCUCUUUUUUUCCUCUUCUUUUUUUCUUUUUUUCUCUUUUUUUUUUCUUCUUCUUCUUCUCUUCAUCCUCCUUUUUUUCAUUUUCUUCAUUUUUUUCUUCAUCCUCCUUUUUCAUUUUUUCUUUUUUCUUUCUUCUUCUUCUUCUUCUUCUUCAUCCUCUUUUUCAUUUUCCCUCUUCUUCAUUUCUUCUUCUUCUUCUUUCUUCAUUCCUUUUUUCUUCUUCUUCUCUUCAUCCUCCUUUUCUUUUCUUCUUCUUCUUCUUCUUCUUCUUCUCUUCAUCCUCCUUUUUCAUUUUCCUCUUCUUCAUCUUCUUCUUCUUCUUCUUCUCUUCAUCCUCCUUUUUCAUUUUCCUCUUCUUCAUCUUCUUCUUCUUCUUCUUCUUCUCUUCAUCCUCCUUUUUCAUUUUCCUUUUCUUCUUCUUCUUCUUCUUCUUCUUCUUCUUCAUCCUCCUUUUCAUUUUUCUUCUUCAUCCUCCUUUUUCUUAAUCUUUUCCUCGUUUUCAUAUUUUCUUCUUCUUCUUUUUUCUUCUUCUCCUCUUCAUCCUCCUUUUCAUUUUCCUCUUUUCUUUUCUUCUUCUUCUUCUUCUCCUCUUUUUCAUUUCCUCUUCUUUUCUUCUUCUUCUUCUUCUUCUUCUUUUUUCAUCUUUUUCUUUUCUUCUUCUUCUUCUUCUUCUUCUUCUCUUCAUCCUUUUCAUUUUUCCUCUUUUCAUCUUCUUCUUCUUCUUCUUCUUUCCUUUUUCUUUUUUUCUUCUUCUUCUUUUCAUCCUCCUUUUUCAUUUUCCUCUUCUUUCUUCUUCUUCUUCUUCAUCCUCUUUUUUUUUUCUUCUUCUUUUCUUCUUUUUUCCUCCUUUUCAUUUUUCUUUUUCUUUUUCUUCUUCUUCUUCUUCUUCUUUUCUUUUCUCUUUCAUCCUUUUCCUCCUUUUUCAUUUUUUUUCAUUUUCCUCUUCUUUUUUCUUCUUCUUCUUCUUCAUCCUCUUUUUCAUUUUUUUCUUUUUCUCUUUUCCUUUUUCAUUUUCUUCUUCUUCUUCUUUUUCUUCAUUCUUCAUUUUCCUCUUCUUCUUCUUCUUCUUCUUCUUCAUCCUCCUUUUCAUUUUUCAUUUCUUCUUCUUCUCUUCAUCCUCCUUUUUCAUUUUCUCAUUUUUCUUUUUUCUUCUUCUUCUUUCUUCUUCUUCUUCUCUUCUCCUUUUUUCAUUUUCCUCCUUUUUCUUCUCUUCAUCCUCCUUUUCAUUUUCCUCUUCUUCUUUUCUUCUCUUCAUCCUUUUUCAUUUUUUUUCUUUUCUUCUUUUUCUUUCUUCUUCUUUCAUCCUCCUUUUUCAUCCUCUUCUUUUUUCUUCAUCCUUUUUCUUUUCUUUCAUCUUCUUCUUCUUCUUCUCUUCAUCCUCGUUUUUCAUUUUCUCUUCAUCCUCGUUUUUCAUUUUUCUUCUUCUUUUCAUUUUCUCUCUUUCUCCUUUUCAUUUUUCUUUUCAUUUCUUUUCUUCUUCUUCUUCUUCUUCUUCUUCUUUUCUUUCUUCUUCUUCUUCUUUUCUUCAUCCUCCUUUUUUCAUUUUUCUCUUUUCAUUUUUCUUCUUCUUCUUCUUUCUUUCAUCCUCUUUUUUCAUUUUCAUCCCUCCUUUUUUCAUUUUCUUCUUCUUCAUCUUCAUCCUCCUUUUUCUUCUUCUUCAUCUUCUUCUUUUUCAUCCUCCUUUUCAUUUUCCUCUUCUUCUUUCUUCUUCUUCUUCUUCGUUUUUCAUUUUCUUCUUCUUCUUCUUCUUCAUCUCUUCAUCAUUUUUCAUUUUCCUGUUUUUCUUCUUCUUUCUUCUUCCUUUUUCAUUUUUCUUCUUUCUUCAUCUUCAUCCAUUUUCCUUUUUUUUCUUCUUCUUCUUUUCUCCUUUUUCUUUUUCUUCUUUUUCUUUUUCAUUUUUUCUUCUUCUUCUUCUUCUUUUCUUCAUUUUUUUUCAUUUUCCUCUUCUUUUUUUUCUUCAUUCUUUUUUCAUUUUCCUCUUCUUCUUUUUCAUUUUCUUUUUCUUCUUCUUCUUCUUCUUCUUCUUCUUCUCUUCUUCUUCUUUUCUUUUUUCUUCUUUUCAUCCUCCUUUUUUUCAUCCUCCUUUUUCAUUUUUCUUCUUCUUCUUCUUCUUCUUUUCUCCCUUCCGUUUUUUUUCAUUUCUUCUUCUUCUUCUCUUCAUCCUCCUUUUUCAUUUUCCUCUUCUUCAUCUUCUUCUUCUUCUUCUUCUCUUCAUCCUCCUUUUUCAUUUUCCUCUUCUUCUUCUUCUCUUCAUCCUCCUUUUUCAUUUUCCUCUUCUUCUUCUUCUUCUUCUCUUCAUCCUCCUUUUUCAUUUUCCUCUUCUUCUUCUUCUUCUUCUCUUCAUCCUCCUUUUUCAUUUUCCUCUUUUUCUUUUCUUCUUCUUCUUCUUCUUCUUCUUCUUCUUCUUCUUCUUCUCUUCAUCCUCCUUUUUCAUUUUCCACUUUUUCUUUUCCUCCUCUGUCUUCUUCUAAAUUUGUUUUCUAUUUUUUCUUCUUUCUUUUCAUUUCUUCUUCCUGUCUCAUUCUAUGUAAGUUUCUACACCGUUCACUUUAUUUAUUCUUUAUUAACUUCUUUCUUCUUUAUAUAA